CAAAUAACCAUUUCCCUUCACUGCUGUAUUUAGUUCUGCAGUGAUAUUUACACGCUGAUUAUAAUUCAGGAUGGGAGCAUAGAGGCCACAAUUUCAGUACAAAACAAAAAGGUUUGGCAAGCAGUGAGAAGGAAUGUGAAGUACCUCAGGAACAGCAGACAGAAUGAUUUGAUGUGCUUGCAGUUAGUGAGUCAUUAUGCUGCUGCAUCUGUGUAGUGUUAAGAAUUUGUACCAGAAUAGGUUUCUGGGUCUGGCAGCCAUGGCAUCACCUUCCAGAAACUCUCAGAAUCGUCGUCGAUGCAAAGAUCCCCUCAGGUACAGCUAUAACCCAGAGCAAUUCCGCAACAUGGCUGUCACCAUCCCAAGAGCAAACAGUGACACAAACCUGGUGAAUUCAGGGAGUCGUUCCACCUUGAUGGUCAGCAGCUCACGUUAUACCAUUGGCCAGUCCCAGGACCUCAUAAUCUGUUGGGACAUCAAAGAGGAGGUAGAUGCUGGGGACUGGAUUGGAAUGUAUCUUGUAGAUGAAGUUCUGUCUGAAAACUUUCUGGACUACAAGAACCGUGGGGUUAAUGGUUCACACCGAGGACAGAUCAUUUGGAAAAUUGAGCCAAGUUCCUACUUUGUGGAGUCUGAAACAAAAAUCUGCUUUAAGUAUUACCAUGGAGCAAGUGGAGCACUACGAGCAACAACCCCAAGCAUCAGUGUGAGAAAUCCUUCUGUACCUGUUUUUAAAACCAUUUCCAGUGAAGAUGCUGUUCAAUGUCAGGGCAGUCGAAGACUGAUCAGUUUUACACUGUCAGGUUUUCAAGCUGUUGGUUUGAAGAAAGGGAUGUUCUUUAAUCCUGAUCCUUACCUGAAGAUUUCCAUCCAGCCAGGAAAACACAGCAUCUUCCCUGUUUUACCACACCAUGGGCAAGAGAAACGCACUGGGAUUGCUUUUAACACCAUUAACCCUGUUUGGCAGAGAGAGCAGCACAGUUUUGUUUCUCUCCCUACGGAUGUUCUUGAAAUUGAGGUCAAGGACAAGUUUGCAAAGAGUCGUCCCAUAAUAAAGCGUUUUCUAGGAAAGCUUUCGAUGCCAGUACAACGAUUAUUAGAAAGACAUGCAAUAGGGGACAGGGUGGUGAGCUAUACAUUAGGACGAAGGCUGCCAACAGACCAUGUGAGUGGCCAGCUGCAGUUCCGAUUUGAGAUAACCUCUUCAAUCCAUCAAGAUGAUGAUGAUGUUUCCGUCAGUAAUGACACAGUACCAGUUGAACAGCAGGAGAAUCAAUUGGUGGGGGACUUAACAAAGCAGGUUUGCUUUGAGUCUCAGACUGCUGCUUCAACAAACCUGGCUGUAGAAGAAGCUGAGCAAUUGAAUGGAAGUAAAAGUAAGGUGAAUGGCAAAGAUUUAAAGAAUCAAGACAACAGUAUGAAGAAUGUGAAUUCACCAGUCAGUGAAUUAGAGCAAGCCAUUGAAAAUGCGAAUGGAGUCGAUGAGCCUGACAAAGAGAAUCUUUUCCCAGCAGAUACUUUGGACCUUGUGGAGCCCACAUCCAAAGUAUCUCCGCCUACCUUUACUGAUUUGUCCCAUCAUCAAGCUGACUCUGUUUUAGAUGUUGGUUGUGAGACAGAAACAGUGGAAGGUAACACUGUCACUCAAGGAGAAGAUGCGUGUUCUGGCCAGUCAGUCCUUGAUGUUGAAACUGCUGCUGAAGAUGUCGAUCCCACUGAAGGAAAUGAGACUGGUGUUAUUAACAAUGAAGCUUCACCUGAGCAGGAAGACAGCACAUUGAUUUUGAGGAGAACAGUCCGGAGGAAGAUUAGACCAUUCUCACUGCCAGUAUCUGAACUGGAAUCGGUGCUAGCCUCAGCUUGUGGUUCAGGUGAACCAGAAACCCCUCGGACACACUACAUCACUCUGCACCGUCUGCUCCAUAGCUUGCCUUCUGCUCAGCUUGAUGGUGGGGAUGAACAGGAAGAGAUCAACAACAAAUUUGCAUCCUUGCCACCACUGGCAAAAGAUCCUGAGGAUAAAAAUGCACCUAAUGAAACAGAUACAACUGAAUCUGAAAUAAUUUGUGCCACAAGUGAGCCGAACCAUGUCGGGCGAAGGAUGUUGCCCCGUAGUGCAUCAGUUGAACAUCUUUCUGAGUUAGAUCAGAUACUGGAGAAAAAUCAACAGAGAAAUCAAAGCGAGACAGAAACAAUUGCUACACGGCAGGUCAAUAAUGAGUGGGACAUGUGUAAUACACCAUGUUGUAGAGCGUCCUGUUACAGCACCUCUUGUUACAGCACCUCCUGUUAUAGCACCUCCUGCCAAAGCACUUCCUGCUAUGAAGGUACAAAUCACUUCUCCUCAAGCCAUACAAGGUUCUCCUCAAUUGACAGUGCACGGUUGUCUGAAAGUACAGUUUUCUCUUCACAAGAAGAGGAGGAGGAUGAGAACAGUGCGUUUGAGUCUGUGCCAGGUUCAGGACAUAGUCCUGAGUACUAUGAGAGGGAACAAGCAGACAGCGUCAUUCAUUGGCCAAGGGAGCCUGGAGCCCAAGCAUUGGAAAGGACAACAGGAAAUGAAAGUCCAGCUGCAGGACAGGGAGACAACAUUGAAGGUGAUAACCCUUUACCACACUGUGCUCAGACAAUACGUCAGCUGCCCUCUUUGAGACAAGACACCAACCGUUACCCUACCAUCGAUGAGCCCCUUCCUCCCAACUGGGAAGCACGGAUUGAUAGUCAUGGCAGAGUUUUUUAUGUGGAUCACGUAAACCGUACAACAACAUGGCAGCGACCUACAGCAGCUGCUACACUUGAUGGUUUGCGCCGUUCUAACUCCAUCCAACAAAUGGAACAACUGAACCGAAGGUAUCAGAACAUCCAGCGGACAAUUGCAACAGACAGGUCAGAAGAUGAAGCUACUGCAGAGAUCUUACAACCAAAUACAGAACUGAGGCGAGAAGGAUCUUUGUCUCCUGUGAGUUCCCAGAAGGUUAACAUGUUACUGCAGUCUCCAACUGUCAAAUUUAUUACAAAUCCUGAGUUCUUCACUGUGCUCCAUUCAAACAAUAGUGCCUAUCGAAUAUUUACCAAUAGCAGUUGCUUGAAGCAUAUGAUUCUGAAAAUCCGUAGAGAUGCCUGGAAUUUUGAGCGGUAUCAACAUAACAGGGAUUUGGUGACUUUCCUGAAUAUGUUUGCUGAUACACAGCUAGAACUACCUAGAGGUUGGGAAAUAAAGACAGAUCAACAGGGCAAGUCAUUUUUUGUUGAUCACAACAGUCGAGCAACAACAUUUAUUGAUCCUAGACUUCCACUUCAAAAUGGGCGUCUGCCAAAUCAUUUAACACAUAGACAACAUCUGCAGCGCCUACGCAGUUACAGCGCAGGAGAGGCAUCUGAUGUAUCGCGUGUGCGAGGAUCCUCGCUACUUGCCAGACCCACCAACACUCUGGUGGCAGCUAUUCGCAGUCAGCACCAUCAAGAUGUUGUGCCAGUGGCAUACAAUGACAAGAUUGUAGCUUUUCUCCGUCAGUCAAACAUAUUUGAAAUGCUGCAAGAGCGACAGCCCAGCCUGGGCAGGAAUCACACUCUCAGGGAGAAAAUCCAUUACAUUCGGACAGAAGGAACACUUGGUCUAGAAAAGUUGUCGUGUGAUGCAGAUUUAGUUAUUUUGUUGAGCCUCUUUGAAGAUGAGAUUAUGUCAUAUAUUCCAGCCCAUGUUUCAUUUCACCCAGGCUACAACUACUCUCCUCGUUGCUCCCCUGGGUCUUCACCUCAGAAUUCCCCAGGCAUGCAACGAGCAAGUGCAAGGGCUCCUGCACCAUACAGGAGAGAUUUUGAAGCUAAGCUGAGAAAUUUUUACAGAAAGCUUGAGGCCAAAGGUUAUGGGCAAGGACCAGGAAAAAUCAAAUUAAUUAUACGCCGGGACCACUUGCUGGAAGGUACCUUCAAUCAGGUUAUGGCCUAUUCACGCAAAGAUCUGCAACGAAACAAACUGUAUGUCACCUUCGUUGGAGAAGAAGGCCUGGAUUACAGUGGACCAUCAAGAGAGUUUUUCUUCCUCUUGUCACAAGAACUUUUCAAUCCCUACUAUGGUUUGUUUGAGUACUCAGCCAAUGACACAUAUACUGUACAGAUCAGUCCAAUGUCAGCGUUCGUAGAAAAUCAUUUGGAAUGGUUCAGGUUCAGUGGUCGUAUUCUGGGCCUCGCUCUGAUUCACCAGUACCUGUUAGAUGCCUUCUUCACCAGGCCUUUCUAUAAGGCACUGCUAAGGCUACCAUGUGACUUGAGUGAUCUGGAAUAUCUGGAUGAAGAGUUCCACCAGAGUCUACAAUGGAUGAAGGAUAAUGACAUCACUGAUAUUCUUGACCUCACCUUUACAGUUAAUGAGGAGGUGUUUGGGCAGGUCACAGAACGAGAACUCAAGACAGGUGGAGCCAACAUUCAAGUAUUGGAGAAAAACAAAAAGGAAUAUAUUGAGCGUAUGGUGAAGUGGAGAGUGGAAAGAGGUGUUGUUCAGCAGACUGAAGCCUUGGUUCGAGGUUUCUAUGAGGUGGUGGAUUCACGACUUGUAUCUGUAUUUGAUGCCCGAGAGUUGGAAUUGGUCAUUGCAGGAACAGCAGAGAUUGACCAAAAUGACUGGCGCAACAAUACAGAAUACCGGAGUGGUUACCAUGAUGGUCACAUUGUAAUAAAAUGGUUCUGGACAGCUGUGGAACACUUCAAUAAUGAACAGCGGCUUCGACUUUUACAGUUUGUAACAGGAACAUCCAGUAUACCUUAUGAAGGCUUUGCCGCACUUAGAGGGAGCAAUGGACUGAGGCGAUUUUGCAUCGAGAAAUGGGGCAAAGUAACAUCACUGCCAAGGGCGCACACAUGUUUUAAUCGCUUGGAUCUGCCACCAUAUCCAUCAUAUUCUAUGCUAUAUGAAAAGUUGCUCACAGCAGUGGAAGAAACCAACACUUUUGGACUUGAGUGAAAGAAACAUUCAUUUCUCAUGAGGAAUCCCACUCCUGCAGUGAACAUGGAGCAUCCUUGUCCUUAUAACAUGAGAAGCACAAAAUGUGCAUGUGCAAAGAGGAUGCCUCAAAUGUAAAGUAUUAUGGACACACUUCCUGGUUUCUGAAUUAACCAAGAAAGGAAGAAGAAAAAUUGUUGAUGUCGAACCAUUGUAACUACUUCCGGCUUGGUUUCAUUUUUUUAAGUUUUGUAAAUAAACAUAUCUCCAAAAUGAAUGGACUAUAGACAAUCUCAUGCAAUUAAAGCCAUUUUCUUCUUGGCAGGGCCUCUUAAUGUUAAAGGCAACUAAUGUAACCUCAUUAGCACAUAUUCACAAAUUAAUGUGUAAGAGCCAUGGAUUAUAUUCAAUUUCAACUGCAAAUUCACAACACGGAUCUGCCUUUGAUUUGUGGAAUAUUUUAUGGAAUUUCACUGUCAGAAAUUACAUAUUAAUUAGCUGAUUGGCUGAUUUGAAAGUCACAUGAUACUCAGGCUGCACUUCCUGUACAAUCAUGCUGCUGUAUAAGAAUGUCAAUAAACUAAUUUGUUAUGCCACAAUAUUUAUGGUCUUCUUGUU